AUGCGGAACCCCUUCUCGAGAUGCGUUCUCUUCGCCGUCGCAUUGCUGCUGCUGCUAGCUAUAACAUGGAAGUCCGACCGUAUAGAAGAUGCGUCCGACAAGGACAUCGCCCCGGUGUCGAACCACGUGAUGGAUUGCACUGUCAAUUCUACCCACAUGGGUGAACUGAAGGCCAAGUAUGAGCUUGGGGAUACCUUCCAGUAUUUGAAGCGAUAUGUUAAGAUCAACCGCCAGCCCAUUGCUCGGAAGUCGAUCACCAAGCUCACUCAGCCAUUCCUCCCCAACUCCUUCACCACGGUUGAUUUGCAACACCCGAGCACCUACGGGAGCGAACAGUGCAUCGAGCCUCUCCAGGUUCCCGUUUCCGAAUCGCCGUUCCCGGCCACCGGUAACCUUUCCGACUUCAUGUUUGGCGUGUCAACUACAUUCAAGCGAUUUAGCUCAGAUAAGACCAGCCCAGUCAAUGAAUGGACAUACUGGUUGACUGAUGGCAAGGGAAACUCCAACGGUGGCAAGUUGAUUCUCUUGUUGUUGGACGCGACGGAAGACCAGAUUCUACACGCCAGGACAAUCCUGCACCACGCCGGAAUUGACGUUGACGUUUACCAUUCGGAUUCGUCUAUGGAAAUGGCUGUUCGCUACCUCACUCUCAUUCCGACCCUAUACAACCACCCGGAACGUGUGACGAAGAAGUGGCUCGUGUCGUGCGAUGACGACACCUUUUUCCCUAGUGUCCACGCAUUGACCAAGAAGUUUGAGGCUUAUGAUCCCAAUGAGAUGCUUUACAUUGGCACUCUAUCUGAGGAUGUCAACAAUGUUGACCGCCACGGAUCGCAGGCUUUUGGUGGCGCCGGUGUUUUCCUGUCGGUGCCACUGGCUGCCCAAAUUACGAAGGACUACGAGACUUGUAAGACUGACGAGAAGAUUCAUGAAUCAAACUCUGGUUGGGGUCCUCAGGGUGAUAUUCUUCUCCGUAAGUGCAUUUACGAGAACACGGAUGUGCGUCUGUCAAUCCUCCGUGGUCUUUACCAGCUGGAUCUCUACGGUGACCCAUCUGGUUUCUACGAAUCUGGUGUCAAGCCCAUCUCUCUCCACCACUUCAAGGGCGGUGGGUGGCACUCGGCUCUUCCCUGGGAGUACACCAAGAUCGCCCACAUUUGUGGCGAAGACUGCACUCUCCAGCGAUUCCAGACCAGUGAUGACUUUAUCAUCUCGACCGGUUUUAGUGUUGCUCACUAUCCUCUGGGUACAAACUUCAACCUUGCUCAGAUGGAGCGGACAUUCGCUGCCGCUCCCCAAGACAAGGGAUGGAACUUGGACUACGUCUUCGACCCGCAACGCCCUAGCCUUUUGAAGACCGGCCGCAAGAUUAGCUGGGACCUCCAGGAAGCGCGCGUGAACGAGGACAACACUGUCAGCCAUACCUACGUGCGGAAGGCCAACGACUGGAGAUGGGUCGACCGAAACGGCGAGCCGAUGGCCCAACUUGACGGUAUAAUAGAGCUUGUUUGGAUCCCGUAA